AUGCCCAAAGCUAAAAGCGCCGUAGAAACAAAAACAUUGACGGCUCAACGAGAGGAAGGACGGUCAAAAAAUUGGUGGUCCAAGCGUCCUCCAACGUCAGUCAAACAACGACAAUCGGCUGCAGAUUCUGAUUCUACUAAGAAGGAUGACGUCCCUGUAUUCAAUACUAAAAAACCAGCCAGUAAUAAGCUAACUAGAAAAAAUUCAUUAAUCGACAAUGCACUUCCUAGUAAAGACAAAGCUAGCUUAUUAAAAUCUGAAAAACCUGAAAAGUGGGUUGUUGAAGAUGCGGAUGACGACGACAAUUUAGAAAAAAAAAAAUUAAUUUCAAAGAAAAAACAGAAAAAAAAUGAAAAGGCCUACGUCCUGUUUGUAGGAAACCUUCCAUUCGAUUGUGGUGAUGAAGCAAUUAUCAAACACUUUUCAGAUGCCGGUGCCAACGUGAAAGCUGUUAGAUUACUUACAAACAAGAUAUCAAAGCAGUCAAGAGGUUGUUGCUACGUGGAGUUUCAUGAUUCUAAAAGUCACAUGGUUGGAUUAAGGCUGCAUGAAUCGACGCUAGGAGAUAGAAAGAUAAACGUGGAAUUCACAUCUAGAGGCAGAAAAACUCCAAACAGAAUGAAAAAGUUGAAAGUAAAGAAUGAAAGGGCACAAAGAUUCAAGAAGACAUUCACACAGACCUCCUCAUGA